CUAUUCACAGUGUCGUCUGCUUGCGGGGAGGAAGAGAAGAGAAGGGAGAGAGAGGAGUGAGAAGUGAGAAGCGGAGUGGACUAGCGUGGUGCCUGGAACCGUGCGAAAGAACCUUUGAACUCGAGGUUUAACAGUUUUCACCAGCAGGAAGCACAAUCACCACAGAACAUGGCACAGACAUUUGUUCGAAUGAGCCAGUUGGGUCUGGGCUUGGCCACAGCUGGGGCAAUUGUCAAUUCAGCAUUGUUCAAUGUUGAUGGAGGUUUCCGAGCAGUUAUCUUUGAUAGGUUUAAGGGUGUCAAACAAGAAGUUGUUGGAGAGGGUACGCACUUCUUUGUUCCAUGGGUUCAGCGCCCCAUUUUAUUUGACAUCCGUAGUAGAGCUAGGAAUGUACCUGUUGUAACUGGCAGCAAAGAUUUACAGAAUGUCAACAUUACACUCCGAAUCCUGUUCCGACCCGUGCCGAAGGAGCUUCCACGUAUCUAUACCAUUCUGGGAGAAGAUUACACUGAGCGUGUUCUUCCAUCCAUCACCACUGAAGUUUUAAAGGCUGUUGUGGCUCAGUUUGAUGCUGGAGAACUUAUCACCCAGAGAGAAUUAGUCUCACAAAAGGUUACCGAUGAUCUCAUGGAGAGAGCCUCUCAGUUUGGAGUGAUCCUGGAUGACAUCUCAAUUACACAUCUUACCUUCGGCAAAGAGUUCACUCAGGCUGUUGAGUUGAAACAAGUUGCCCAGCAGGAGGCCGAGAGGGCACGAUUCCUUGUAGAAAAGGCUGAACAACAAAAGAGAGCAGCUGUUAUUACAGCUGAAGGUGAUGCCCAAGCUGCUGUGCUGCUGGCCAAGUCCUUUGGUGAUGCAGGUGAAGGUUUAGUUGAGCUUAGAAGAAUUGAAGCUGCAGAGGACAUUGCAUACCAACUAUCUAGGUCAAGACAAGUGUCUUACCUUCCUACAGGCCAGAGUGUCUUGCUCAACCUGCCUGCCCAGUAAACACGUUAGAAUAGUUUGAGAAAUUUCCACUUGGCAAGAAUUAGAUGGUGACACUAGACUUCUGUUUGAUUCACUGUUUGUUGUACACCAGGACCUAAUUACUGAGCCUUGAAAUAACAUUUGAUGUGGAAUUCACACGUGUGUGUGCUCUGUUAAUUCUGUCAGUUCUGACUUGUUACAAAAAAACAGCUGUUUUGAAAAUUGUUGUGCCUCUUGCAAACCCUGAUUAAUAUCCAACAUGAAUCAUUUAUUAUGGGUGGAAGAGUUAUUAAUGCUGUCAUUUACUUGUUCAAGAUAUGUAUAUUUGUCUGUUUAGUUGUGUU